GGAGAAGCCCGAGCAACCUGCGCGAGGAAGCAUGAUAUUGGAAUGACGACCUUGAGUUGCUUUCACAUUUGUCAGACGAAGCAAAUAAAUCGCAAAUCAGUUGAAAUAAACAAAUCGCCGAACUCCUGGAAUCAAAAAAGCAAGUGUCAAUUCUAUCGAGAUUCGGAAUAUACUAUCACGAAUCAGAUCAUACAAACAUUACUGCUCGGGCGGGUUUGAUUUCGACUCAGCUAGCCACUUUAUUGUUCUAUACUUGAUUUCGAAACAUCCCCAUUGAACAUCUUUGCGUAUCCGCGAGGAGAUUCACGACCAGAACGGAGCAAUCCAAUGGAAGAGUCUUUCA